AUGAACUCGAUUCUAUGCGGAGACAUAGAUGAGGAUCUCCUACGAGAUAAAUUACGCGAACUAAAACAACUGCAGGAGAUAAAGACCAGAGACUUGGUCGGCAGUUAUUUGAUUCCUUUCAUCCUGGUGGUUAAUAAAAUCAUCGCGAAGAGUGAUGAGGCCAAACGAGGGGCAGAGCUGAAGCAGGAAAGGGAAAGAAAAAAAAGAAUCGAAGAAAACAUACACAAGAUAAAGCAAAAAAUAAACGAAAGGAAACAUGGGGAGAGUUUCAAACGGGAGGAAAUGUCGUUCCAGCCCGAUGGCUGCAAUCCACUGGAUGGUAGGCAUGGCCUGAGGGAGAAGUUACCCGACGAGUUAACCGCGGAAGAGGGCAACGACGACGGUCAGGUGGACAAGAAAUGUAACUUUGCCAGACUGUGCGAGGACCUCACAGAGGGGUUCCACAUGUGCAUAUGGCUGCUGCUGAGGGGUAUGGAGGAGGGUAGGGGCAAACAUAUCCGCGAGGAGGGGGGUGGUGCGGAGAAGGCGGACAGAACGGAUCAGAGCGGCGUUAGCAGGAGUGGCAGCCCCAUCAGUGGGAGUUCCAUCGGUGGAAGCCCCAUGAGUAGAAGACCCAUCACUGGCAGUCUCGUCAGUGACAGUCCCACCCGUGGCGGUUGCCCGUCUUCGCGAAGGGAACGGUGGGUCUUCCAUCUUAGCCUGCUGUACAUCGCGCUCUGCUUUUAUCACAUGCACCUCAUAAGUGACGAAGGGGAGAAGAACAACCUGCACGUCAGCCUCUUCCUCCUUCUGGUUUCCUUCCCGCACUUUAAGGACAAAGAAAUUGAGCACUACGUGUGCCUAGACGGGAAGGUCUACCUCCGGUUCGACGUGUCUGUGCCGAGGCUCCUCUCCCGUGUGUGUAAGAUGGUGGGGCUGAAUUGUAAACGGGAGGGGGAUGCCAACUCCUGCUUGUUCUUCCUAACGCACAGUUUUCUGUUCGUCCAGUGUGCUGACCCGGGGGAAGCGGCAAAUAGGGAGAAAAGGGCCGACGUGGAAAAGGGCGAAGAAAAGGGCGAAGAAAAGGGCGAAGAAAAAAGCGUGGAAAAAGCCGCUCAUAACCGAGAGGGAGAGAGAAAAAAAUACAACUCCUUCCAAGACACGAUAAACAUUGUCCAGCACAUCAGCCAAGUGUUCCUCCAGUUUAACUUCUUCACGGCGUCCACUUUUCUUGCGAUGAGAAGUAUCGACCUGCACUCCUUCCUCCUGAGGAGUGACAUAGAGGAGCUGAGGAGGCAGUGCAGGUCGAUGCCUCUCAUCGGGAGGGAAGAAGAGCCCGUCGCGGGAACCCCCAAGGAGAGCCCUCCGCAUGGCGAGCUUCUCCACCUGAAUGAGGAGUUAACACAACAGGAUUUUCACUUUUAUGGCGACGACCCCAAUUGUGUCGUUGCCGAGAAGGGACAUAAAAGGAUCGACGCCCAGAUUGAGAAGAAGCUGGAAAAAAUAAUGGAAACAACCAUGUCCCUCUUCGACAGCAUAAACGAAUGCAUUUAUCUUUUCACAGAUCUACACCUUCUUAGCAUUUAUGAGCACCUUGUUUUGUUUUCCCUCUACAUGAGCAAAGACGUUAGCAGAUUAUUUCACCAAUUCAAGGGAGAAAGAAAAAAAAGGAAGCUUUCGCAACGGUACAAGUACAUGGCGUAUAGGAACUUGCUCGAGAUUUACAUCCUUUAUUUGAAACACAAUUAUUUGCGUUAUGCGAAGACAGGGGGAGGAGACGACCACACGUACGUAAGGGCGUGUCAGAUUUAUGGACGCAUGGACGAAGUGAGGCGGACUAUUCGUUCAUUGCUUCAAGGGGGUGGUGGAAGCAACAAUACACAUAUGGGUAGUCACCCACUGGAGAGGAAAAAAGGGAACGUAGGGAAGAAGCAAAACACGACAAGGAGUUGCAUAGCGAAAGGGGGGGAACUUCCUACUAGGGCGUACUUCCACAGAAACGAAAUUUGCAUUUGCGCUGGCGUCAUCCACGAAAGGGAGGAUAACCUCGCAGCAGCUUCCUACUUGGAAGGCACCAUACGGGUGAGCACCUCUGAUAUGAACACUAUGCCAAAUGGAGAAGAAGGCAUUCAUUAUUCAGGUGGAGAAAAAAAUCCAUCAAAACUGAUUGGAGAUGUUUUCUCCCUCGUGGACGAUAGCAACAUCGCUUACGAAUUUAUACUUGAACAAAUUGUGCACACUAAUACUUUCAAUUUUGAUGUGAAUAAAGAGGAGGAUGAUGAUGAGGGGGGGGAACUCAGACACACUCAGUACGUUCUCCUCCCUGGGGCGAAUGAGCAAAUGUCCUUUUCGACGUUCCUUCGGGGGAACAUAAAACAGGUGGAUGGCCUGGUGAGGGAGAUUUUCUCCAAGGUUUGGGCGGAAGGGACAGCAGUAACGGCCGCUACCACCGAUACCAUCGCUACUGCCGAUGCCACCGCUACGGGCGACGCCCCCCCUUGGGUGAAUAUCGACCUAGGCGAGGACCACGCCGCGGAUUUUCUCCAAAUUUUCCACUUCAAAAGAGUUAAUCUGCCGCAGAUGCAGUUUGACGUGUGCAACUUUGGCGACGGAGAGUACGCUAAGUUAGCCACGGACAAGAUGAAAAAGCUUUAUGGAGGUUUCUCCAAGGGCAGGGCCGAUCAGCAGUCUGAGAAGUGGCACCUCCCUUCUGUUGGGACCCCCAACGGAGGGGAACAAUCCACUUGCAUAGGGCACUGCCAGCAUACACACUACCUAUGCUACAACUUUGACGAAGUAAAGUUCCUAUUUGAGAAGGUAAAAAAAUAUAAAAAAAAAACGCUCACCUAUUUCUCCCUACACAAAGAGACAACAUUACAUUUAGAUAUCCUCCUGAAUUCAAGUGAGUCUUACUUUUACUUUAACUUUUUUACCAAUUCGUAUGAACAGUACAUGCAGAACUGCAGGAUGAUGUUAAAUUGCAUCAGUGCCCCCUUGGCGCAGAUAACACACGAGCAGUAUUUGUCCUUCCGGAGGGAGAUGGCCCUCAAGUGCGCACUCAUCCUGAAAGACAUUUUCAUCUGCACAAAAUGCAACACCCUUAUCGAUAACAUGCACGUGAAUGACCUUAACAGGGAUAGGAACCUCCAUUUUGAUGAUCACAUCGGGGGGCCCCUCACAGGGCAGGAGAAGGGGAUAAUCCUCCAAAUUGUAAAAUAUUACCUCUUCUUUUUGAGUACCUACCAGAUUGGGGAAGAGUCUACCAACUCAGCUUCCUUCCAAAGUGAGGAGGAAAAAAAAUCCUACUUCGAUAUAUACUUUUACGUGUGUAAAACGCUAUCCGCAGUGGACGACAAAAUCUUCCUCGUGCAGGCUUUGCAGCAUUAUCAGCGCCUGCUGAGCUAUGCCGCCAAAAAUAAAAUGUACGCCGAUGAGGGGUACAACGAGUACAUGCGCGACGUGUGCAGGAAAUCCAUUUGUGUGUUGCGCGGGAAGAUGCUUGACUUGGGGUAG